AUGAAGAAAAUGGUUGCAGAUUAUCUAGGGUCUCCGCUUAAUGGUGCCAUCAGAACCUGCAUCAAGAACUUGUACUUACCAUCUGCUUGGAAGAUCGCGCGCAUCUGCGCGAUUCCUAAAGGGAGCCAAAUUAAAUCUGAGAAAGAUUUACGAUCUAUAUCAAUAUCACUUGUGCUUUCAAAGGUUUAUGAACGACUGAUUUUCCGUCAGCUGUCUGUUUUUAUUGAUAAGAACAAUGUUCUCAACAAUAACAUUUCUGCCUAUCGAAAGGGACAAUCCACUACUACUGUACUUCAAGCCAUACGAGACCACAUAGUAAAAGCCAUGAAACGUUCGGAGAUCAAUGACACGUGCUCAGAGUUUAAAAACGUGAAUUUUGGGGUUCCGCAAGGCUCCAUCUUGGGCCCGGUGCUAUUCAAUAUCUAUGUUGCUGAUCUUCAGGAGAACGUAAAUGUCAAAUGCUUCCAGUAUGUGGACGACACAACAAUCUACGAUCAUGCUAAACUAUCUGACCUAAAUAACUGUAGAAACUGUAUCUCCCAAUCAAUUAAUAAACUAAGUGCCUGGUCUAAGCAGAGUACCCUCGCCUUUAACAACGACAAAACCAAGGUUACGAUCCUAUCCACCCCGCAAAUGUCCAGAAAAGAGUUCCAGAACAGUUUGCGAAAGAUUGUUAUUACUACAUCUGAGAAACACAACUCUUCCAGAGAAACCAUCUAUACAUCUGUGGAUUACAAAACCCCAGCGAAUGAGAGAAUGAUGACCAUCUAA